CGGAAAAACCAAUCUAUUGUCUGAUGAAGGUGAAAAGUGAGGGAGGAUGUGACGAAACUUAAUGUUUAUGUUGUGAUAUUUAUUUUAAUAACUGAAUAAUCAUAUAAUGUGUACUUAAAACUAUUUAAUCACAGCAGCUAUUUCGUUCCUAAGGUUGUGAAAUUAUUUUACAAAAUGAAAUCUAUCACUUCUUAUGACUUUUGGAUUUAUUUAUUUUUUCCUUGGAACUUGGUAUCAUUCCUAUGAAAGUAUGUGACAUGAAUAAAAGUUGCAUGUUAAUUAAGCUAUAAACUAAUGACUUUUAUUAAGGAAAAGUUCAUUUAUUCUGACGGCAAUUGGAAAUGUGGCUUCCAGAUAAUGAUUCUAAUAACCCAAAAGAUGGUUCAAAGGAUCUAACUAAUGAUAGAAUGAAAGUUAGAUCAAAUUCACCUCCUUUUGAGGGAGGUGAAUCUUUGUGUGAAUUUUAUUUAGACCCCUCUGAUCCCGCGGAUAAAAUGAAACCCUUCCAGCCAUCAAGAUCUUUUUCGGAUCGAGAGAGCUUUUCAAGUGUUAGUCCUUCUACACAGAGUGAUGUCUUCCAUACUGAAAAUGCAGAAAAGUUGCCGUGUAAGAACUUUAUAUCUCUUCUCAAUCAAGAUCUCCUUCCAGUAAACACAUUCACACAAACCUUUCUCCAGAGCAUUUUGUCUAGUGUUGAUAGUUCAGAUCCAGUUGUUGCCAAUGCUUGGAUGGAAACCCUUUUAGAUGUCAUUGAUUUACUUCCUAAGGAAAUAGUAAAAGGAGAAAUUCUCACUCUCGCUGUAAACAAAGGUCAAAUGUCUCAGCCUGUUUCUUCACGUUUACUUUGCUGUAAAAUUUUAGGGAAAAUUUGUUUAAAGUUUGAUCCUUAUGUAAUUAAAAAAGAAGUAUUACCUGUGGUUCUCUCUCUGUGCCAAGAUGUUGAUUUUGAAGUUCGUGGUUACAUGUGCAGGCAAUUGGACAUAGUAGCUAAAGGCAUAGGACUUGAAGCUACUAAAAGUGCCAUUUUACCUGAACUUGUUGAGCUUGCUAAUGAUGAAGAAACUUUUGUUCGCUUGGCUAGUAUUGAAACUGUUGUACAAAUGCUGCCACUAUUAGAUGAUGAUACAUGCACUCAAGCUAUUAUACCCUUGGUAAAAAAAUUAUGUGAAAACUCAUAUUGUUCUAAAGAUUCUACACUUCCUGUAGUUUCCAAGCAACUUGGUCGCUUAUGUUGUGGAUUAGCUGAUAUUCUGACAUCUGCACAAAAGCAAUGGUUUCUAACGUUUUUUCAAGAUUUAGCAAAGCUGGGUUUACCUAACAAAGAAAAAAGAAGUCCGCCCUCUUAUAGUCCGUUGCCAGACUUGUUACCUGCAGUUGACAAUAAAGAUCGUUAUCGAGAAUGUAGAAAAGCUUGUGCUUACAAUUUUCCGGCCAUGGUUCUCUUCAUUGGAAUUGAAUCUUUUGAAGAAGAACUGUAUCCCACUUUUCAGGAGUUAUGCUUUGAUCCAUAUCAAAGUGUUAGACAGAAAAUGGCAUGUGGCUUUUAUGAGAUUGCUCGACUUCUGGGUUCAAAAGCAUGCUUACUUCAUAAAGAGCUUAUUAAUUUGUUGCAAGAUGAAACAACUGAAGUAUUAAAAGGUCUAAUUCCUUAUCUGCCUGAAUGUUUGAAAGCUGUUUGCUGUUCCUCUAAUUUUAAGGAUAACAAUGAAAAUGACCUUGUGAAAGCACUCAUAUUGUGUGAAGAAACGACAUCAUUCACAAGCAGCUGGCGCCUACAUGCUGACUUUUUAUCCUGCCUCUCUUGCCUGCCUUCAUGUGUUUCCUCUGAAACUAUUUUUACUACUUUUGUGCCUUUACUGUUUGUAAAACUUCAUACCGCUCGUCCAAUACCAUGUAGAACUUCUGCAGCGUAUAGUUUAUUAGUUUUUCUGAGAAAUGUGCCUAGUCUUGAAAGAAGAAAGGGUAUUAUUAAUGAAUUAAUACGAGAUUUAUGCUAUGGCAGAAGUUGUCAUAAAAGAAUGCUGUUCAUAAAAGUGUGCGAGCUUGUAAUAGAAUUAUUUUCUAAGGCAUUUUUUAAAACCUAUUUUUUCAAACCAGUGCUCAAUUUAUCAGCUGAUCCUGUGCCUAACAUACGCCUGCGUUUAUGUGCAAUUCUUCCUCGCUUAAAGAGUUUAAUUAAGCUGCCAAAAGAUAGCUCUCUUCUUCAAGAAUUAGAAUCAUGUGUCAAAAGAUUAAUGACAGAUGAAAGUGACAAAGAUGUCUCUUUUUCUGUUAGCAAAGCCAUUGAAGAACUUGACAAAAUCGAAGUGACAGCUGAACCAAUUUCCAGACGUUCCUCUUGCAUAGAAAUCGCUUUAGAUAUAGAAGAUAGACUUAAGGAAGAAGAAGAAAGAAGGCAAUUAGAAAUGGAAUUCAACUCAAAAUGUAUGCAAGAAAAUACUCUACCUCAAACCUUGCUUUCUAUAGGAGCUGUAAAUAAAGCCGGAAAAAUUCCUGUUAGAAAAAGUGGUACGCUUCCAAAGCAAUCAAAACCAAAAUCUUCUCCAAAGGAAGUACUUGAAAAAGUGCCCUUAUCUAGUCAACCUAAAUCCCUAAGAAUUCUUAAAAAAGAAAGACGCAUUUCUAGUCCUGCAUUAUCUACUGACUUACUUAUACCAGUAAUUAAUAAUAAAGAUACUACAAGAUCAUUGUCACCCAAUGCCAAUGUACUUAAAAGUUCUUCAGCCAAAGACAACAUUCCAAAGCAUAGACCCCACAGUCCAGCACAAAAACAAAGGACGUGGCCUCGACAAAAACGUUCAUCUUUCAUACCAAAGCAUUCACUUGACAGAUGCCCAUCACCAAUGCCUCCUAGACGUCUCUCAGAUAUAAGCAACAAAGAAAUAUCGUCCGAAAAGCACAACAAUAAGCCUUUAAUCAGUCCUUCAGAAAAAAAUUGCAAUAAACCUUUAAUCAGUCCUUUGGAAACAAAUUGCAAUAAACCUUUAAUCAGUCCUUCAGAAAAAAAUUGCAAUAAACCUUUAACCAGUUCUGAAAAAAAGGUUUUAAGUAAUAAUUCUUCAUCACCUCAUGUUAAAGAAUCUCCCGUCAAACUUAGAAAUCAUUCAUCCAAAAUAAGCCAAAUUUCUCCCUCAUCACCACUGAAAGUUAUAGAAAUAAGACGAAGAUCUAAAGGAUCACUUUCACCAUCUCCAGAAAUUCUCAAAAGAUCCACUACUAACAGCUUUAACACGGAAAGUAAAAUUCCAACUUCAUCCUCUAAGAAAACUGUUUCUAAAGGAAAAUAAACUGUUGAAUUUGUUAAGUGUGAGAGGAAACCAAGAAAAAUUGUUCUAUGUUGCAAUUCUACAAGCGUCCAAGUUUGAAUCUCGCACAUCAAUGCAAUUUUGUUUUCUUUGUUAUAGACUUAUUCUAUUGUUAUUAUAAAUUAGUAAUGUGUGGUGAAAAAAACUUGGUCCAAGAAAUUAAAUCAUCAAGCAAAAUUUUAAAAAAAAAUACAGUAGAGCCUCAUUAAUUGGGACUGUUGCUUCCGAUUAUCGAAAAUUUGUACUGUCUAAAAUUAUAAUUGUGAGAAAUUUCAUAAAUUAUUAUUUUUAUUUUUUUUUGAUGCACUAAAGAGAUGCAUACAUUUGAAAAUUUUCGCUUACUACGUAAUACUUUUUUGUACAAAUCAUGUUUUUUGCUGCUCAUUUUCUGACAUUGUACAGACAAUCUUAUUCACAAGAUAAACAAAUUACAAACACUGAGUCGCAAUUUUUCAGUUACUUUAUUUAGAUUUUUGUUCGCAUAUAUUAUGAAUCUCACGUUUGAAUAACAUUGCAGUGUAAUUCUGUUUUUUUUUUUUGUUCCAAUUAAUCUAUAUCACACUUUUUUAUGAUUGUUUUAUACCAGGGGUUUCCAACUUACAUGAGGCCGAGGGCCACAAUUAAAAACACAAAUCAAAUGGCGGGCUGCAACUUAAUCAAAAUUUUAUGUAGGACUCUUUUAUGCUUGAAGGAACGUUAAAUAU